GCAACAGGACUCCACCUCUAUAAAAGCCCUGGUAACUAGGCCUUUACACACUGUCUCUGUCGUGGGGGCUGGCCUGAGUCUCUCAGCCUCACCUGCCAGACAACACCCCCUCCUUCCUCACCCUGCCUCCUGUAUUCUCCUGAAACCUUGCUCUGCGCAAUGCCUCCCAACCUCACUGGCUACUACUGCUUUGUCUCGCAAAAGAACAUGGAGGACUACCUGCAAGCCCUAAACAUCAGCCUGGCUCUGCGGAAGAUCGCGGGGCUGCUGAAGCCCGACAAGGAGAUCGACCACCAGGGCAACCACAUGACAGUGAGGACACUCAGCACCUUCCGAAAUUACACUGUGCAGUUCACCGUGGGAGAGGAGUUUGAGGAGGACCUCAAGAGCGUCGAUGGACGAAAAUGCCAGACCAUAGUAACCUGGGAGGAGGAGCAGCUGGUGUGUGUGCAGAAAGGGGAGGUCCCCAACCGGGGCUGGAGACACUGGCUGGAGGGAGAGAUGCUGUAUCUGGAACUGACUGCAAGGGAUGCAGUGUGCGAGCAGGUCUUCAGGAAGGUCAGAUAGCCGGAGAGGGGCCGAGCGUCUCCAGACAGUGCCCAGCCCACAGACCCUCCUGGCAUGCCCCCUUCAAGCCCAGAUUAGGCCAGGUCAGCUGUCCCUUCCUCCGGCCACCUCCCCUCACUGGGUCCCUUCUUACCCCUCCCUGUGUUAAUAUGUAACUUGCAGCCCCCAGGCCAAAGUCCUUUCUCACACUCCACUGCCCAAUAGUGACCUCACUUCAGAUCAAGUCCUGGCCUCCUGGAUGAAAGAAGCAGGCAGAGGGAAGGGGCCCCUGAGAACAACCAAUCCCUACUCUCUCCUGUCCAUUUGAGCUCUUCUUUUCCUUCUAAGAAAGAACUAAGCUUUGGGCAUUUGGUGAUUAGUGAAAAUUGUAUCCUGAUGGACUUCUGGAAAACUGUGACUGGGUUUCAAGAGUUUAAACAGGAGCUACUGGCAGA